AGGUCUUUUUUGUAGAAGUUAGGGUGGGCACCGGGUGCGAUGGCAUCGCCAGGUCCUUCACAGAGACGCAGCUCAGAUGGCAGUGACGAUGUUUGCCCAAUCUGCCUUUGUCCUAUGGAUGAAGGCUUUUCAAGACCUGAAAAUUGUCAGCAUCGCUUCGACUUGGAUUGUUUGACUGAAUGGUCUAAGCUUCGCCUCAGCUGUCCAUCAUGUCGUGCCGGGUUUGGAGCCAUUUACACCUAUGAAAUUGUGGAAAGUAAGCCAAAACUACUCAAAGUGCAAAAGAUGGAGCCACCCAAAGAGGCAGAGCCGUUUGAAGAAGCAAACCCUCUUGACUUCACGUUCUGUGAAAUCUGUGGCGGAGGACAGCACGAAGAGCUGCUGCUAAUCUGUGAUCAGUGCGAUAAGGGAUUUCAUACUUACUGCCUCACCCCGCCGCUUGAUGGUGUACCAGCAACUGAGCAGUGGUUCUGUCCACAGUGUGAAGAAAGACGAAUUUCGUUACCUUCUACCAGUCGUCGCGCUACAGCUCCUUCGGCAAGAACGAUCAGGUUUAUUCAGAGAACUGCGCUUGCUGAACGCGUUCGUCGAGUACUGCAGCGCAGUCGAAGAAUCUUUGAUGAAGUCGAAGAAACUAGCGAAAGCGAAAGCGCCGACGUAGAAGAUGAAGAAGAAGAAGAAGAAGAAGGAGAAUUAGUAGAAGAGGAUGGAGAUGAGGAGAGCGAAGAAACAAGUGAAGAGGAGGAGGUUCCCGAAUUUUUCGACGACGAUGCCAGAGUAUUAGCUGAAAUAGGCGAUGAUGAGGAACCAGCUUUACCCAGUGUCCAGAGGAGAACAAAGAAGCAAAGGGAAGCUGCAGCGAAAAAGAAGAAAACCACAAAGACAAAGAAAGGUAAAAGAAAGACGUCUAAAAGAACUACCAAAGGCAAGAAGAGGAGAAGCAAGGGCAAACGUCGUGUCAGAGAGCGUAGGACUAGGACAGCUGACACCAAAAAGGGUCCAUUGGAUGCCUUUGUGACGCGAAGAGGUGGUAGCCACGAUCCAGUCGCUCGCCUUUCGCUUCUAGGAGCAGGAUUGGAGCCAGUGGCAGACGACGAUCCUUUGAUAACUGAGAACUCGAGACGGUUUGAUCGACCACUUUUGCGUCGUAAAGACAGUAGAAACGCACCUUCGUCCACUGUUGCAAAGAAUGAGGCUGUGGACGAAGAAAAGCCGGCUGCUGACUCCUGCGAUCUGCUGGGUUCAAUUAUACCAGAACAGGUGAAAACCCUUGCACCUGGAAGAUUGUUUGCAAUUGGAGGUGGUCGAUUCAAUACCACAGACGAUUUCGAGAAAUAUAAGGAGAGAAAAACGAAUCUGUUAUCCUCAGAACUGAAAGCAAAGCUAGGAAUUCCUGUGGAUGAAAAAGAUGCCGUUGAGUCGAAAUCCGAUGUUAGCAAAUCGAGGGAUAAAAUGAAGGAAAAGGUUCCGUCUUCGAAACCAGAUGAACGACGCAAUGUCACCGGCAAUUCUCUACCACAUGGAAGUAGCUUGGGCAUGCCUCAUCGCAGUGGUGAAAGCACUAGCCGAGAGGGGACCUCCAAAGAUUUGAGAAGACGCGAUGAGCAUCGCAUGGCUGAAGAUAAAUACAGCUCCAGCUCAAAGCGUGACGGAGACAGUUACCGGGGAGAUAGAGACGAACGGCGCAGGGAUUACAGUGAUUCUGGUGAUAGUCGAAGCAGUAGAAAUGACAGAAUCUACCCUCAACGACAUAGUGAGGAGAGAAAUUGGCGAGAUGGUGCUGGAGAUGAGACUAGAGCUGGAAAUCGACGAUGGGAGCGCGAAGACGACAAUAGGAGGAAAUACGAGCAGCCCCGUGGGGUAGUGCGACAGUUUGGUACGACUGUAAGAAACGAGUUAGAUCCGCCAGGAAGAGUCCAUAACCAGGGAAGCAGCGGGCGAAACGUUUACGAGCCGUUUCGGGAAAUGGAUCGCCGUCCAGAUCGCACUAUCGACAAACAUUCGGUGCGUAGCCUAGGUAGUGUAAGGAGCAAUUAUGAGCGACCUAAGGAUGAUCGAGGAAGCAGCAGUAGCAGUAAUGUUUCUAAACUGCAAGAUAGACGGGAUUCUCCCAACCUACAGGAUAGACGAGAUGCUUCUAGACUGCAGGAUAGAAGGGAUGCUCCCGAACCGCAUGUUAGACGGGAUUCCCCUGAAGUACAGGAGAGAAGGGAUGCUUAUAAAGCGAAAGAUAGGAGGGAUGCUUAUAAACCACUGGAUAAACGGAAUACUCCCGAACUACAGCUCGAUAGAAAUGAUGCUCCUGAACCCAAGGAAAGACGAUAUGCACCUACAAUACAGGAAAAAAGGGAUGCUCCCAGGUCACACGAUAGAAGGGAUGCGCCUGAACCCGAGGAUAGACGGCAUGCACCUACAGUACGGGAGAAAAAGGAUGCUCCUAGAUUACUCGAUAGAAAUGAUGCUCCUGAACCUAAGGAAAGACGGUAUGCACCUACAAUACAGGAAAAAAGGGAUGCUCCUAGAUUACACGAUAGAGACGCUCCUGAAGCCGAGGAUAGACGGCAUGCACCUAUAAUACGGGAGAAAAAGGAUGCUCCUAGACUACGCGACAGAGGCGAUGCUUCUAAACUUCAGGAUAGACGGGAUGCUCCCGAAUUACAGGAUAGAGGGACUGCUCCCAUACAGGAUAAAAGGGAUAUCCGCCGGGGUGAUGACAGACGUUCUCAUGAACGGCCGCGAGAAGUCAGUGUUCAGACUAGUCCAGAGAAACCCCGCAGACAUGAGCGCAAUGACCGAGUUGACUCCAGAAGUAGAAGUCCGAGACGACCCGAGCAGCUGAUUGACGAAAUCCGUAAAAAUACGCGUGAUCUUGCUCAUAGUUCCGAUGUUUCCGGUCAUCGUCACAGUCGCGAUGAAAUUGCCCGUACUGAAAGGCCUGCCAUGAACAAAGCAAAAACUGAGGAGUCAGAGCAGGAAGACAAAGGAUCUGCGAAGAAACCAGCACUGAGAAACGCAGCCGGAUCUCUGGAGAAAGCGGAGAAUGUCUGGAUGCCUACGUUGCCGAGCACUUCUGCUCUUGCCGUGACGAACGCCGCAUCAGAAACCCCUGCUACACCUUCAGUUACGAAGCACGACGAAGAGAAAAAUAGCAAUGAACGUGUGAAGAUUAUCGAAGGAUUCGCAAAGGAAGCCAUAAAACAGUAUAAACGUGAUAUCACUGUGGAAGAAUACAAGAACGUCAUGCGUGCUGUAGUUCGUGACUGUUACAAAAAAAGAAUAAUGGAUGGAGUGAAGAUCAAAGACAAAGUAGAUGAGUCCGUACGAGCAGUAAAAAAUGGGAUGCAAUUGGAUGUUGGUCAUCAUAGCUCGAAAAGACCAGAAACCUCUGGUGGCAGUUCGGUAGUACCAGUCAAACGUCAAAAAAUUAGUGUUUGAGUGGUUUCAAUCUCUCGUGAACUUUUUAGCGUUAGGACAAUUUUUCUGUACCAUAGAUAUAGUUUAUCAAAAAAUCAGACCUUUAGUCAUAUCGUGUAAGUUAGUAGUCGAAUUAGUCAAUGGUGCCCCUUUCAAAAAUUUGGGGUAUGUGUUUUAACACGGUGCUGUUUUGCAGCGCUGCAACCCAUAGCACAUCUAACUUGCUCGUGUUCGUUGCGGUUAUCUCAUUCCAGUCAAAAUUUGGAAUGUGCUUUGUUACUUGUAGAUGGUUCAGUUGUUUUCAAUAAGUGCAAGUGUAUGUGAUAUUAUCUCAGUCGAGUACAAUCAUUUGGUUUCCAUUUAAGUGAUUGUAUCAUCUUCUGUCACUCAUUAGGGAAGUGUUUAGCUUGUGAAUGACUCUUGAAAAACUUUACUUAUCCGUUAGCGACACCACUGUCACCAUUCAUGUAAUUUUACUGGUUCUUUUUCGCAAUGAAUAUUCUUCAUCUCGCU